AGAGAGGCACCAAACUGUCCAAGGAGGGAGGCAGUGACCUCUCCAUGGAACGCUCUGCUCUGACAAUUUAGAGUCCAUAUUUCCUCUGUAGGAACCAGUGCCUGUUCCACCCAUAAAAGUCAGUGUCAGCGUAACUCCUAUAGAAAGCCAAAGCCAAGUAAAAUAAACAGUGCCUGUGUAUCCUCUGUAAAAAAAAAGCAGCGUCUAUAUCUUUCUCAUUCUCCGGCUUCCUCUCAGCAAUUACUCUACCCUCCGGUGCUCCGGGAGCCGGAGUUUCUCUCUCGCUCGGGGCUGACUAAGCCACGCUUACAGCAGCCCCGGCGAAUUCCGCCCUCACUUCUGCAUUGACUGGGUGUGUGAGGGCGGCGAGACGACGGGACCCCGGUGAGUAUCACGCCGAGAGGGCUGUGAGUGGGAGGACGGCGCAUUCCCUUCCUGAGGAGGCAGAACGGGGCGGGGACAGCAGGAAAUCCGCUCGAGCAAGAGUGGAAUUGUAAACCGAGUCUUCAACUUCGUUUCGAAGGGCCGUGCCUCUCCCGCGAUAAAUGACCGGCGGUGACUGUUCGGGGUGCCGUGUUCCUGAGAUAAUUAACCUCUUGACUUGUGCGGUGAAGAAGCGAGGAUUGUAUCCCCUCGUAUAAAGGUGGAAGGUCCUUGAAAUCCAGGAGAAGGUUUCCGUUGUUCAGCGUGCUGCUUGCUGCAGCAAAGCUGGGAUCAAUCGUGGUCAGUGAGUGACUCAGUGCCUUUUGGCAUGUCAUCAUUGCAAAGCUUUAUCUACUAUUCUGCAAAUUUGCGGAAGAGUAACUGGAACAGGAUCAAUGAAAGAUCAAGUAGAGUGUAGAAGAUGACAACCUCUGCAAAUAGCAACAAAUAACACCAUCUUCUGGGCCCAAAUCUGAGGUAACCUGAUGCUAUGAAGUUCUGUAGGGAUAAAUUAGUAGAGGAGGAGAGGCGAGUGAUUGCCAACAACCGUGAAUAUAAUGAAAAAUUUGAGUAUGCUAGUAACCGCAUCAAGACCUCAAAGUACAACAUUAUCACAUUUCUGCCUAUUAACUUGUUUGAGCAGUUCCAACGGGUUGCCAAUGCGUACUUCUUGUUCCUGUUGCUCCUACAGCUAAUCCCUCAUAUCUCCUCCCUAUCCUGGUUUACCACUAUAGUGCCUUUAGUGUUGGUGCUAACGAUCACUGCAGUCAAAGAUGCUACAGAUGACUUUUUUCGCUACAGGUGUGAUAAUCAAGUCAACAAUCGGCAGUCUCAGGUGCUCAUCAAUUCCAAGCUACAGAUUGAGAAAUGGAUGAACGUUCGAGUUGGAGAUGUUAUCAAACUGGAAAACAAUCAAUUUGUAGCGGCGGAUAUCCUGUUGCUCUCAAGCAGCGAACCUCAUGGACUCAGUUAUGUCGAGACGGCUGAGCUUGAUGGGGAAACCAACUUAAAAGUUCGACAGGCACCUUCAAUAACAUCAGUACUCGGUGCAGAUAUGAGUCAAUUGGCAGAAUUUGAUGGGGAGAUUACUUGCGAGCCACCCAAUAAUAAAUUGGACAAGUUCACUGGGACUCUGCUUUGGAAGGGCAAAAAACAUUCACUGGAUAAUGAAAAGAUGCUCCUUAGAGGCUGUGUCCUGCGUAAUACGGAAUGGUGCUUUGGUCUGGUUAUCUUUGCAGGACCUGAUACCAAGCUAAUGCAAAACAGUGGUCAUACCAAAUUCAAACGAACAAGUAUAGACCGACUGAUGAAUACUUUGGUCCUAUGGAUCUUUGGCUUUCUAGUGUGUAUGGGAAUAAUUUUAGGAAUUGGAAAUUCCAUAUGGGAAAAUGAAGUUGGAAUUCACUUCCGUAAUUACCUGCCCUGGGACCAGUGGAUGAAAAGUGCCAUUUUUUCAGGAUUUCUUAGUUUCUGGUCGUACAUAAUUAUCCUAAACACAGUUGUGCCAAUUUCACUUUAUGUCAGUGUUGAAGUCAUCAGACUUGGACACAGCUACUUCAUAAACUGGGACCGGAAGAUGUUCUUCUCUCAGAGGAACAUUUCAGCGGAGGCACGAACCACAACACUCAAUGAGGAACUGGGCCAGAUUGAAUACAUCUUUUCUGACAAAACGGGAACACUUACACAGAAUAUAAUGAUUUUCAACAAAUGUUCGAUAAAUGGAAAAACCUAUGGAGAUACUUAUGAUGAGCUGGGACAUAAAGUGGAAAUACCUGAGAAAUCUUCUCCUGUGGAUUUUUCGUUUAACUCUUUAGCAGAUAACAAGUUCAAGUUUUACGAUCACAGCCUGGUGGAAGCGACAAAAUUGGGAGAUCCGUCAGUGCACGAAUUUUUCAGGCUCCUUUCUCUCUGCCACACUGUCAUGUCAGAAGAAAAAAGUGAAGGUGAACUCUUUUACCAAGCCCAGUCACCCGACGAAGGGGCAUUGGUCACUGCGGCAAGGAACUUUGGUUUCGUCUUUCGAUCGCGCACCCCAGAAACCAUCACUGUGAAUGAAAUGGGCAAGCCUGUCAUCUAUCGACUGCUAGCUAUUUUGGAUUUCAACAACGUGCGGAAGAGGAUGUCUGUGAUAGUUAAAAAUCCUGAAGGACAAAUAAGACUUUACUCAAAGGGAGCUGAUACCAUUUUGUUUGAAAGGCUUCAUCCGUCUAAUGAAGAAUUGAUGUAUGUGACCUCAGACCACCUUAGUGAAUUUGCAGGGGAAGGACUGCGGACAUUAGUGCUUGCCUACAGGGACCUGGAUGAAGCUUACUUCAACAAGUGGCAGAAAAUGCACCAGCAUGCCAGAACGGUUAUUGACAAUCGUGAUGAACAACUUUCCGCACUGUAUGAGGAAAUUGAGCAGGAUCUGAUGUUAUUAGGUGCCACUGCAGUGGAAGACAAACUGCAAGAAGGAGUUUCUGACACAAUUGCCAACCUAACCCUGGCCAACAUUAAGAUUUGGGUACUGACAGGAGAUAAGCAAGAGACAGCGGUGAAUAUUGGUUACUCAUGCAACAUGUUAACAGAUGACAUGAAUGAGAUAUUCAUAAUAUCCGGCCGCACUGUUCUCGAAGUCCAUAAAGAAAUCCGGACAGCAAGAGAGCAAAUGAUGGGGAAGCCUAUUUGCAAUGGACACGCUUUCUCUGAAAAGAAUGUGACUUCAGUUGUUGAAGAAACUGUUAUGGGAGACUUCGCAUUGAUUAUUAACGGGCACAGUUUAGCGCACGCACUGGAAGCAGAGAUGAAGCAAGAGUUCCUUGAGUUAGCCUGCCUGUGCAGGACGGUAAUUUGCUGCCGAGUCACUCCAUUACAGAAGGCUCAGGUAGUCGAGCUGGUCAAAAUGUCCAAGAAAGCUGUCACCUUGUCAAUAGGCGAUGGAGCCAAUGACGUCAGCAUGAUUAAAACUGCCCACAUAGGAGUUGGCAUCAGUGGCCAGGAAGGCAUGCAGGCUGUUCUGGCUAGUGACUAUUCGAUUGGACAGUUCAGAUAUCUUCAAAGGCUUCUGUUGGUCCAUGGGAGAUGGUCCUAUCUAAGGAUGUGCAAGUUCCUCUAUUACUUCUUCUACAAGAACUUUGCAUUCACGCUUGUUCACUUCUGGUUUGGUUUCUUCUGUGGCUUCUCUGCACAGACUGUUUAUGAUCAAUGGUUCAUUACCCUGUACAACAUAGUUUAUACUUCCCUUCCUGUUCUGGCCAUGGGUAUAUUUGAUCAGGAUGUCAAUGAACAGAGGAGUUUGGAAUACACAAGACUCUAUGAACCUGGACAACUUAAUCUGCUUUUCAAUAAGCGGGAGUUCUUUAUCUGUAUAGUUCAUGGGGUCUACACCUCUAUAGUCCUCUUCUUUGUCCCAUAUGGUGCAUUUUUUGAUGCAACAAGAGACGAUGGGCAACAUUUGUCGGAUUAUCAGUCUUUUGCUGUUACCGUGGCAACAUCUCUGGUGAUUGUGGUCAGCGUGCAAAUUGGGCUGGACACCAGCUAUUGGACAGCAGUCAAUCACUUCUUCAUAUGGGGCAGUGUGAUGGCCUAUUUUUCCAUCUUGUUUGCAAUGCACAGCGAUGGAUUGUUCUCAAUAUUUCCAAGUCAAUUUCCUUAUGUCGGAAACGCUCGAAAUUGCCUGGUUCAUGUAACUGUGUGGUUAGUCAUAAUAGUGACCACUGUGCUGUGUGUUGUACCAGUGGUGGUGUUCAGGUUCCUGAAAGUGGAUUUGAAACCAACCUUGAGUGACAAGGUACGAUAUCUGCAACGUGCCAGAAGGAAACAGAAGCCAACACAACACCGUAUGCGAAGGGUGAACCGUACCAGUUCGCGGAGGUCAGGCUAUGCGUUUUCUCAUCAAGAAGGCUAUGGCGAGCUCAUAACUUCAGGAAGGAACAUGUGGUUCAGUAACCCACCACCAGCAGUGACUGGAAAGUCCAUGUUAAGCAGCAGCAGCUGGAUAGAAAACUUACGGAAGAAAACAACGGAUGUCAUGAACAUCAGUAGCAGUGAGAGAAAUGUUAAACUGUAGUCACAGCUAUACGGAGGGUUGGACGGUCUUCCUCACUUUAAACUUUGUCAUUGUUUGCACUGUGCUAUAUAUCCAUAGAGCUUGAAAUCUUAACCUGGUGAAACAUCACAAAAUAAUGAACUCUCACCCUGGAGCUCUUGCAUAUCAAGUUUAUAAUGCUGGAUAUUGAUUGUGGUUACACAGUAAACUCUCUGCUCCCUGAUAUAACUGCUACCAGGUGAGAGGAUUUAUUUCUGUAAACUUGUGGACAGAAGUACGUACAGUUGAAGCACUUGUCAGUAUAUUCACUGACAUCCAGGUUUGUAUUUCUGAGUUGUAAAUAUUUUUUAACUUUUAGAAACCAUUUUUAUAAAUCAAAAGAGCAACAAUUGCAUUGCUUCAAGCAAAUGCUCAACAUAAGUAGGCAUAUGCAAGAGAAAUUAUAGAGCUUUUGAAAUGGAGCAUUUACUUCGCAAUUGUAUGUAACAUAAAUCAUUUAUCUCACUUAAGGACCCCAUUAUUUUGUAUUCUGUACAAGAAUGUUAUCAUGCGGUCCUGUAGUUGCAACCUCAUUUGAGGAAUUAGUGCCUUUUAAGGUUUCCUUUCACAUGGAAACAAAUAAUUUUUAUUUGUAUGUACAGUAUGUAUAUUUUUGAAAACCAUAUCUGCAUUUACAAUUAUUGCUGCCAAGAGUUCAAUGUAAUUUUACACUUUCAGUAGCUUCCUCCAGUGAAAUACAGUAGUAACCUACACAAGUUGUUAUAUUUGCAAUGUGCUUUCUCCAAGCAAUUGCUCUGUACACUUAUUCUUUAUAUUCCUGUAGAUUAGGAACAUAUUUCCAAAGUGGAAGUACCAUAAGUGGAAAAGUCUGUUUUAAGACUUUUGGACACAAUAAUCUGCUCACUUAUUUUCUUCCUUUUCUCUAAUCCAAUGCUGCUUUGAACUACCAGCAAGAUUUUUAUUUCAGAUUUUCAUCAUCUAGAGAUUUUUGCUUUUCUCUUGAUGAGUUGUUAUUCAUACUGUCUCCUUGCUGAAAACAAAUAAUUUUCUCCUUUUAUUUUUGGGGAUUUACUGUGUGCUUAAUGGGAGCCGUGUUUCCUCCAACACAGCAGAAGUGGUAGAGCAAGGACUUCUGUGAACAGAUGCAUGGUGGCUGGCAGAGACCCAGUGGGCCAAAAGGCCUAUUUCAAUGCAGUAUUACUCUCUGGCUCUUCAUUGUAUUGUCUUGUUAGGAAAGCCCACUCCUCCUGUGUGGCACAGUAGCUUAGCGGUUAGCGUCAUGCUUUGCAGCGCCAGCAAUCAGAAAAUCGGUGUUCAAUUCCCAGCAGUUAAAUGUCAGGAGUGUUCUCCCUGUGACUGUGUGGACUUCCUCCAUGUUCUCCAGAUUCCUCCCACGUACAGUUAUGGGCAUGGAAGGAUGGCAGAACUUGUGGGUUUGCCCCAGCACAUUUCCAGAUCGUGUUGGUCGUUGAUACGUAUGUUUCAAUGUACGUGUGAUAAAACUAAUUUUAAUCUUUACUUUCUGUGGAAAGAGCCCAUUUUUACACACAGGGCUGAAAUACUCAUUGAAACAAUUCUACUUACCUUUAUCCAUUAUAUCUUAAAACCGUGAGCUGUCUCUGGUUCCCAAUAGCAUGAGUUCAGCCAUAUAACACCAGGCGCAUGAGCCCACAAAACACUAUACAAUUUCCACUGGCCAACUCAGGAAACAAGAAGGUCCCACAAAAUCCUUUACCUCACAUCCUCUCUGCUAAACUACAAUAGGGAAACUCCAGCUUCUGUGUCAUUUUACAGGAGCUGUAUUUUCUGUAUUUAUAGCCACCUUAAGAUGAGCAGAAAUCUGUUAUGUGCUCCCCACUGAACAGAAAAUGUGACAGGAUCAACCCCCCCAUUUCCUCACGUACUCCCCUACAGUAUAGGAAGAGACUAAUUAGCCCAUAGAAUCUAAACCAGCUUUCAGAUCAUUCUUAUUUCUACCCAAGUCAUUUCCUUGUGUCACUUCCCUUGGAAAUUUUCCCUCCUUUCCCAGCAUGAGCAAUUUCUGGAAAACCUACCGAGAGUCAGAAGAAAUAAGCCUGACCCUCCCAAGUGGAGUGUAUGAAGUAUAUCCAUUCUAUUCAACUUGUAAUCUCCCUUGGUCUGUUCUCCACUGAAGAAAUAGUUCACUCACAUGGCAUUUCUCACUGUCAAAAAAGAGUACCAACAUAGUGUUCCACUUUACCCCCACUCCUACAAUGAACACAUCUUCAGAUGAAUUGUAUGCUGAUCCUAAACUCGAAUUAGAUUUGUACUUUUUCCAGUUUUCCAACUAUGAGUAUAUAAUUUGCAACAAAGUGCUUGACUUCCUCCAAAAUACAUGUCUAUCACGAAACUGCAAAUAGCAAUGGUCAAACACAAGUUUGGCCAGUUUCUCCUAACCCCAUCACCCGCCCAACUCCACAACAACCUACCACCAUUCUACCACCACUGAGAAGUGACUGCACCCCUCCUCCCAACAACUGAGAAAAUAAACUCUCCCACAGAUCUUCAUCUAAAAAGAUCCUAAUGUCCCGCUUUUCAUUCCUCCUCUCCCCUCUUCUCCAAACAUCUUUCCUCAGCCCUUCGAGAACAGCUGAGUGCCCCAGAACUCUUUAUUAGUCUUUAGCCUCUGACCUCUUAACCAGUAUUCUCUACUCUUUGCUAAACAUAUUUCCUCCUUCCCAUUCUUUCUCUUGACUUCUUGUACUCACCCUCUGCCUCAAGGACAGGGCAGCUUAAGGAACUACAGUCUCUGCAGUAUUUUCUUUCUUUAGCAUCCUGACUUUGAUUUUUGUGUUACUUAAUUUUAUGUGAAUCAUGUUAAAUUGUCGCUGACAGGCGUGUGAUCUUAAGUAUUAAACUUAUACAAUUAAGUUUACAGUGUGUACGUUGGAAACCCAGAAAAGUAACCUGGAUUGAAAAAAAAAUCCAGAAAUUUCAUAUUUGUGGGAUAGUUUUAAUCCACUUCGGUCUUAAGUCACCUCUACAAUAUGUGAGUUCUUCCUGUUGAAAAGGGGAUCUCUUAGCAGGUUUUGCUUUUGGAAGACUUCAUUGCAUCAGUUUAGCCCAUGCAAUGUCCUGAUGCGGAGUUUCAACCCAAAACAUCAGAAAGGUCAGCAUGGUAACAUGGUGGGUAGCACAAUGCAAUUACAGUGCCGACAACCUGAGUUCACUCUUGCCGCUCGCUGUAUUGAAUUUGCAUGUUCUUCCUGUGACUGUGUGGGUUUCCUCCAGCUGCUCCGAUUUCCUCCCAACGUCCAAGGAUGCUCAGGUUAAUUGGUCACACAGGUAUAACUGGGUGGCAUGGCCUCUUUCAGCUGGAAGGGCCUGUUACCGUGCUACAUCCCUAAAUUUAAAAAAAUUUCUGCAACCCACAGGUAGUGCUCGAUCCACUGGAUUUUCCCAGCCUCUUUUUAAUUGCUUCAGCUUCCAGCACCUGCAAUCCCUCACAUCUCAAUUAAGCUGUCGUCCUUCUAUCAAAUUAUUGGUUUUAAAACUGGAUGUUCAAAGUAAAUGUAGAAAGGUGCAUCUCGUAACAGACAUGUUAGGCUGCUGGCAGACUUUAGCUAAACCUUAGCUUAAAUUAAUUUUUCAGUCCUGUAGAAGCAAGUCAAGGUUCAAGUUCCAAACAACCAUUCAAACCACCCAUUUGUCUGCUGCUACUCUGUACCCAUCUAGAUCGAUGGCAUCUACUGGAAAGUGAUCUUUGGCUCUAUUAGCUGUAUGCUGUAUACUGGGGUGCAGUGAUUUAGCUAAAUGGUUUGUAAUGCUCUCACUUGACGUGUAUUUUCAUAUGGAAAAUAUAUUCACUGUUAAAAUUAGUGUGAGGUAUGGGAUGAGAUGGGGGAAAGAGAUAAGUUAAAACAUAUACUUCUGAAGUAAAGCUAAGCAAGAAAGUGUUAGGGAAAAAAAACUUAUUUGGCUGGUUUCUAAGUUUUUCAAUUUUGGGUAUUUUCAGUAUUUUUGAGAGUCCAGGCUACUUUUUUAUUGCCUUCUAGCUCCCUAGUCAGUGAGUCUGGGGUAGAGUCUCUCCUCAAAGGCAUUAGGCAGUGUCCUCUAAAAAUGAAUAGAAGUCUGUAAAAUCUGCUGAUGAAUGACCAGAAUUAAACUCAUUUGAACCAAGUUUUCAAAGCUCCUGUGCAUGAUGAGAAAUUAAUUAUAAUGGACCCCAUUCCAUUGUUCAUCUCCAGAGCAGCUCUGCAAGCAGAAGGAAAUCACAUUUAUUUUGGUAUGCUGCAUGAACUGAAUGAAGCAUUAAAGUUACACGUGUUUGGAGGAUAAAAAAAAAAGCUCCACAGUAUCAUUCAGACACAAGGCAUGAUGUGAUUUAAAUAUCAUCACAGAGCCAAUCAACUAAUGCUCACAUGUUCCUCAUUUUAAGCACACUUUCAAUCUCCUGCACACUUUCCAAUUCUAAAUCAAUCUCAUGAGUGAAAAAAGAUGGACAAAUCUAGUGGCCCCAAUCAUUAUCCAGUUCCCAGUACAGCUUCUCACUUUGACUUCACAUGAAUCAGUGUGUCACCUGAUAAUAUCACUCUUUACUCCUCAGAGCCAUAUAUAUUCUUGUUGUUUAACAAGUCAAACACAAACGAAAACAAUUCAGCAAGAUUCGGUUCUGGGGCACUGUGUGUUGUAAACUUCUUACUGUUUGAAUGCAGAAGGUGAGCAGGUAACAUGUUACUCUGUUAAAUUCAUUGGCCUUAAAUCAAUCAUUUCCCACUAUCUCUACAAUUGACGAACUGGAUUCAAUCCAUUAAUUUGUGACAAUAAAGCUGCUUUCUCUAUAUGCAAAUUUGGUAAUCAGUGUUCACUGCUAGUUUUAAUAUUUUGUUUUAUUACUUCAGGACUAUCAAAGAUAACCUUUGGUAGAUUACAAAGUAACUAAAAUCAACUUGAACUGUAAAAUGUUUUAAAUCUUGUUAAUUUGAAUUCAUGGUAUUUAUUUAAAACUAUAGAUUUUGUAAAAAUUUGGUAAUAGCUAAUUGGUUAACCUUUUAACUAUUUUGGAAAGAACAUUAUAGUCCAUCCUUGUUCAAUUAUUCUUCAUUGAACAAUGAAUUGAAGGAUUGACGUUGUAAUGUGAACAAAGUCACCCUAGAGACAUAGAUAUGAAAUAGUCUUUUAUUCAACAAAAUGAGACACUGCAGGCAUCGUAUUGAGACCUUUUCAGAGGAAGAGGUUGUUCAACCCAAUAUUACAUGACAUUUUGUAUGCUAAAGAUCAAAUGUCAAUUCUAUAUUUACUAUGUAUCUACAGUGCUUCCUUUGAAUUACAUGUAACUUUCUCACCACCUUCCUCACACCCAAAUCCCAGACAUCGAAAAUGAAUGUUAAAUCAGUAUUGUCUCAUUUUUCAAUUUAACUGCUGUUCACAGCUCUGAGAACCAAUUGUCCAGAGCUGCAUUUUUAAUUGAAUCUACAGUCCUCGUUCAGGUCUAAAGAUUGGUUGCUGAAGUUAAUAUUUUGCAAUACACCCUCAGUCCAGAAAGUGCCCUAACAGACAUAGCACCACCGAAUGGCAAAUAUUAGAAGUGCUACAUGAUUCUCCUAUUCUGUGCUACGCAACAGCAGCAAAUCCUAAUGGCUCACAGUCAAUUUGCUGAGGUCUCAUUAAACUAAUUCAAAUCCUGGAAUAUUGUUAUGUGACAAACCUUCCGUUUGUUGUGUGAAAACCUUCUGCUUUCUGUUCUUCAAUUUAUAUUUUUUGAUUUAUCUUUCACUUUAAUUCAGUAUUUGCUACUUUGAAAAGCUUCAGUAUUUUCAUGUUUCAGAUUGCCUCACAGGCUUAGUUUGUGAUUAACAUAUAGCCUGACAAUAUCAUUUCACUUCAGACUCCAUAUGAAAUCAGCUUUCUAGCAACUGAUGGCCACUUCCAUUACCUUAACAGCGGCCUACCAGAUACACCAGGCUUUAUUCGUUUGAAGUACCCACGCAAUAAAGAAUCAAUUUGAGGUAUUGAAAGAAUAAACUGAACUCUUGGAACAGAAUUGAAUCUGGUAAUCAAUUGGAAAAGGUUGCAGUAUUCAAUUUUAAAAUGUUUUGAAUGUCUCAAUGAGCUAAUACCUAAUUGAGAAGUUAACAGGAAUUCUAAGUGAGAAAGGCACAAAAAAGUAAGCAAUCUAAUGAUUUCAUCAUUUGAUGUUGGAAUACGCACCAGAAAACAAAACCCUGCCUUUGACUUUCAUACUUUUCCGAAGAGAUAAUCAGCUGUUAUUACAAUGAAUGGGAAUUUGUCGACCAAUUGUAUGCCAUAAUGUCUCAAUAGUAUUAAUGAGGGAUAAUUUAUUAUAGUUGAUUAUAUUAAUGAUUGAGGGAUAAAUUUUAGCGAGGGCACUAGAAGAAUUCCCUGUUCUUCAAGAGUUAAUGCAUUUUUUUUUAAACAAGCUCUCAUUUCUGCAGUGAAGAUGAUCAUUACAAUUAUUACCGUAGCUUUCUUACUGUUUAUCAGUAGUUAAUCAUGCACAAUAUCCUAAAUACCAAUCAGGCUGAAAUUUCAAACUCUCUCUCAUAGGUAUAAGUAAUUAGACAUUCAUGUCUGCAUUACUUAUUUACUGCCCAUUAUGCCGCUGACAUUUAGGGCAGCAGUGAAGGUCCGCCAUUUCUGUACGUCCAUACCAACACACACAGAGGUAAAAGGAUUCUUCAUUGCUGUUUCCCUAACAACUUUUUUUGACCAGUCAGAGUUGUUAGCCCUGAGUUGAACCAUCAAACCUGGAGGACCGGUGGACCACACUUAGUCUGACCUUUACCCUUUGAGUUGUUUGGCGUGGGUGACCCUACCAACAGCCAAAGCACAAGGCUUUGACUUUAGCCAAAUUGGCUCUCUGGGUCAUUGAGGCAUGCAAGACUCCAAACCCUACCACAAGGCUGUGGUCCUCCUGGGGGUCAUGUCUACAUUAAAGAUGUGAAAUGAACUGUCCUUUCUGCACUCAUCUUUCUAGGGACCUUUUCCCUUUUUGACAGCUUAGGAUUCAAUGCAAAAUCAAAGUCUUAUAUAUCCUUUCUGAAUGGCACAAUAAUUAGCACUAUUCUGCAUAAAUAUUUGUUGUUAUCUCUUGCUAAGCACAAAAUAUUAUUGUAUUUUACCUUUACAACUAUGGAGAUAUUUCUAAAGCUUUACUGUCCAUGUAUCUGUCAGAACUGUCAUUCAAUAAAGCAUGAGAAUAUAUAUUAUUUAUAAAAUUAUUUUAAUUUUCAAUACUAACAUUGCUACUGUCUUCUCAUAUUUCUGAUGUCAGAAAAGUAGACAAUUAAGCAGCUUUAACUUCUAUAGUAGAAAUUCAUAUUUCUACAAAACGUUUGAUGGUAAUUAAAGCAAAUGCUUAAGAAUACUCUUGCUAUGCAAUAAUCAAGCGUACAUAUUAAGGAUGCAUAUUUGCAUAUUUGAAUACCAAAGAGUUAUAACAUGGAAAAUUAGUGUACAUGUGUUAUAUAUUCUGUCAUGUAAGUUUAUUUAUAGACAAAAUAUGAAGUUUCAAAAACAUUUUUCUUGCCACUUGUUUUCUGUAAGUAUGUUUGACUAUUAAAAUUCAAGUCUGAAAAGGA